GUGGCGACGCUCACGCACCUCGGAGGAGCGGUGUCCGCGGGCCGGGGAGCGCCAGCCGGGCAGAGAUGUCUGGCCAGAGAUUAAUUUCUAACAGAACAUCCCAGCAAUCUGCACCUAAUUCUGAUUACACCUGGGAAUAUGAAUAUUAUGAGAUUGGACCAGUUUCUUUUGAAGGACUGAAGGCUCAUAAAUAUUCCAUUGUGAUUGGAUUUUGGGUUGGUCUGGCUGUCUUCGUGAUUUUCAUGUUUUUUGUGCUGACUUUGUUGACCAAGACAGGAGCGCCACACCAGGACAAUGCAGAAUCUUCAGAGAAGAGAUUCAGAAUGAAUAGCUUUGUGUCAGACUUUGGAAGACCACUGGAGCCAGAUAAGGUGUUUUCUCGACAGGGCAAUGAGGAAUCCAGGUCUCUCUUUCAUUGCUACAUCAAUGAAAUGGAACACUUGGAUAGGGCUAAAGCUUGUCAAGAGACCACAGACCUUGACAGCAGUGUUCAACUCCAGGAAGCCAUUAGAACCAACGGGCGGCCAGAGGAGGAGCUGAACAGGCUCAUGAAGUUUGACAUCCCCAACUUUGUGAACACAGACCAGAACUCCUCCUUUGGAGAGGAUGAUCUUCUGAUUUCAGAGCCACCUAUUGUUCUAGAAAAUAAGCCAGUUUCCCAGACCUCACACAAAGACCUGGACUGAGAAACUACUCUGUAAAGUGUCUUCCUGAAGAUGUUGGGUGUGUCUUUGUAAAGCAAGAAAUCUCCA